AUGAAUAAUGUCUCCAUUCAACUUGGUAAUCUAACUUGGCCUGACAGAUCGUUUCUUCCACGUGCUGUGGAUAUUAGUCAAGAUCUAUUCGUCGUAGUACUUGGCUUUGUGGGUGAUCCGAGUAGCAACUAUACUCCAUGUGCUUAUCUUCUAAGUAGAUCUGGUUCAAAUUUUACUGUACAUGAUACAUGGAUGUACAUGCCACCAACGGCUACCUCGUGGCAAGCAAGUCUUACAAACUGGGACGCCGAUAUCUAUUUAGCCAAACACGAUAUGUCAGUGAG